CGCAGGGCCGGCGGGCCGGGCGCAUGGCUUAGGACAGCCCGGGCCGCCGCGCCCCCAGCAUGGGGAAACUUCACUCCAAGCCGGCCGCCGUGUGCAAGCGCAGGGAGAGCCCGGAAGGUGACAGCUUCGCCGUGAGCGCCGCCUGGGCUCGGAAAGGCAUCGAGGAGUGGAUCGGGAGGCAGCGCUGCCCAGGCGGCGUCUCUGCACCCCGACAGCUGCGGUUGGCCGGCACCGUUGGCCGAGGCACUCGGGAGCUCGUGGGCGAGGUUUUCAGAGAGCCCCUCAGCGAGGAGGAAGAGGAGGACUUCCGGCUGGAAGUGGCCUUGCCCCCGGAGAAGACAGAGGCGCCUGGCAGUGGAGAUGAGAAGAGGAUGGAGAAGGCCGGCGAGUCUUGUCCGGGCUCCAAGAAGCAGCUCAAGUUUGAGGAGCUGCAGUGCGACGUGUCGGUGGAGGAGGACAGCCGGCAGGAGUGGACCUUCACCCUGUACGACUUCGACAACAAUGGCAAGGUCACCCGCGAGGACAUCACCAGCUUGCUGCACACCAUCUACGAGGUGGUCGACUCCUCCGUCAACCACUCCCCGGCGUCCAGCAAGACGCUGCGGGUGAAGCUCACCGUGGCCCCAGACGGCAGCCAGAGCAAGAGGAGCGUCCUUCUCCAUCCCGCCGAGCUGCAGAGCACCAGGCCGAGAGCAGAGACCAAGCCUGCCGAGGAGCUGCGCAGCUGGGAGAAGCAGCAGCGCGCCCCCCUCAGGUUCCAGGGCGACAGCCGCUUGGAGCAGGCCGGCUGCUACCACCACUGUGUGGAUGAGAACCUCGAGAGAAGAAACCACUACUUAGAUCUCGCUGGCAUAGAGAACUGCACGUCCCAGUUUGGGCCCGGCUCCCCUUCAGUGGCCCAGAAGUCAGAACUACCCACCCGCACCUCCAACCCCACUCGAUCACGCUCCCACGAGCCGGAAGCCAUCCACGUCACACACCGAAAGCCCCAAGGCGCAGACCCGGGCUCCUGCCACCUCCUUGACACCCCCUUCGCCAAGGUCUCGGAGCUCCAGCAGCGGCUCCGGGGCGCCCAGGACGGGAGCAAGCACUUUGUGAGGUCCCCCAAGGCCCAGGGCAAGAGCGUAGGUGUGGGCCAUGUGGCCAGAGGGCCGAGAAGCAAGCCCCCUCUGGGACCUGCCGUCCCCGCGGGGUCCCCCUCCGCCCACCUGGCCACCAGCCCGGCUCUCCUCCCCACCCUGGCGCCCCUCGGGUCCAAGAAGCACAAGCACCGAGCCAAGGAAGGCCAGCAGGGCUGCCGGGGCCUGCAGGCCCCACUGGCCGCAGGCAGCACCAUGCUGGGGCGGGAGCACGCCAGGGAGCUGCCCACUGUGCUGGUAUAUGAGAGCCAGGCCGGGCAGGCGGUCCAGAGACACGAGCACCACCAUCACCACGAACACCACCACCACUACCACCACUUCUACCAGACAUAG